CCUGGUUGGACCCGUGGUGUGGACGCUGUCACACCAUGUGAGGUGUCGGGAAGUUUGCACGCAGCAGUCCUGAGCAUCCUGCAGCCAUGAGUUCAGAUAAGCCGUACAUCGGCUGUAAAAUAGGGUUAAUCUCAAGAGCCCAGAAUCGGUACGAGGGGAUUUUGUACACGAUCGAUAAAGUCAACUCCACAGUGGUGCUGGCUAAAGUGAAGUGCUUUGGAACAGAGGGACGACCCACUGACAGACCAACGCCACCCAAAGAGGAUGUUUACGAGUACAUCACUUUCCGGGGUAGCGAUAUUAAGGACAUCACACUGUGUGAACUUCCAAGAUCCCAUCACGGCCUGCCUGCAGACCCUGCGAUAAUACAGUCAUCCAGUGCAGGUCCUUCAGGCCUCUGUGCAGCUCUUGGACCAUUUAGCCCCAUGAGGAUGCCCGCCUACAACCAGCUUGCUGCCAGCUCUCUACUUAAUCAACAGUAUGCUGCAGCUCUUGGCCUUGGGCCUGUGCUUCCAGGCUUAAAUAUCAGAAGGGGCCCCAUGGUGGAAAAGGCUGUUCAAACCCUUAAUGUAGAAAGAUACAGGCAGAGGGGAGGCUUGUCUGCAUCCCAGGAGCAGGAGCAGUGGUGGGACAGGAGGUGUCCCCAAAGGACCAGAGUUGAGGUUUCCAGAACCACACGGGUCCCGGGAGCCAUUUCAAAGUUGAGCCAAGUUGUGCCCAGACCUCAACAGGAAACUCGGCUACAGAAUGAUGAAAAUAGGCCACAACCCCGAAGAAGACAAGGACCUCGGAGGCGCAGGAACCACAAUAGAGGACAGUUGAUGGCAGCGAAUAUUCCAGCUCCCACCCUGAAGUUUGACACAGACUUUGAUUUUGAUUCCUCAAAUGCACAGUUUAUAAAAGAGGAGCUGGAGAGGGAGGGGCAGGACAGGACGACUGUGAAAGAUGGAAAUCAUCAGGUAGAAGAAAAGGAAAAGGAGGAAUUGCACUCAACAGCAGAGGAUGAUCCUUUUGGACCAAAAUGCUACUAUGACAAAGCAAAGUCCUUCUUCGACAACAUCCCAUCUGAUAAUAUGUUCAGAUUAACAUGGGCAGAGGAGCGGAAGCGCAAUCUGGAGACUUUCGGGGUCCCUGGAUGGUUUCUGAGGGGCCGUGGCUUCAGAGGUGGAUACACUGGACCAAGAGGACGGGGCUCUGCUCAGACUCGACCUUCUUACAGAAGCAGGAGUGGACAGCUGUAAAGGUCAGCAUAUGAUACCAGGGCACUAAAGCAAAAAACCUCUUGUGAAUAUUU